AUGGGUAAUACACAGGCAGGUGAAAAACAAUCGAAAACCGGAAAGUCGCCAGGGAAGGGGAAACAUUUUAUAAGAAACUUGAAUAGGAAAAGUUCCCACAAGGAAAACAAGAAACAUGGCCGCAAAAAGAGUAUCGAUAAACGAGACACCGAUAAAGACUUCGAUAAAACAUCUGAAUCUGAUAACAACGAAACCAUCGAGGCCUCCGAUAACGAUAUGGUCGAGUGCGUGUUUAAAACAUCGAGUAGGGGCGAGCGGGGAGUGGAGAGAUCGAGUGUGCAGUCAGAGGUAACGGUGACCAGGUGCGAGCGGUCAGCGACCCGCGACCAGUUGCCCGCCGCCGUCGUGUCGCCCGCGGAGCCGUCCUCGUCCGACUCAGUGUUCACGGACCCCCUGACCCCGCUGGCCGUGGAGCUCAACCAGUGUUACUACUCCGCCGAGAGUGACAGCGCGCACGAGGAGCUGCCCUGCACUCUCACGCCGUCCGGCCUCGAUGCGCCCGCGCGUGUCACUCCCGCGUCGACCGACACCCGUCCGUCCGUAACAGAAAUGUUACACGAUGACACCGCUCCACCGCUACCAGCGAUUGAUAUUAUGGAAAAAGAAAUAAAAAGUGACGUCUUCGAUGACAUUAGUGACAAAGACGAUAUAACUAAGACUAUGGGUGCUAUAUUAUCAAAGUCAGAGCAACCCCUAGAAAAGGAUAAUGAAUGUAAUCACGAUUUUCUUGAAAAUCGGUUGAAAGCCAGUCCGGGGCAAACAUCAUUUACGAUAUCUAGGCAUAGAAAAGUAGAACUUCCUCCUGUAGCAGCUGAUUCCUCACUGAGUAUAUUAGACAACGAAGACCAGAGCCAGUCGGGUUUAAGCGACGUACCGAUGACUGACUCCAAUGUAUUACGAAAGGUUGCCUCACUCACCCUCGAUAAACACACGGAGACAAAAGUUAUACGACCGAAAUUUGUACCCGAAAAACUAGAUUUCCAAAUUUAUGAAAAAUUUGAAGGUCAGAUGCUUCUCAAUUGGUUUCUCUCUUCUGUAUCAGAAGAUAGCCAUUUCAAGAACCUUUUAAGUUCACAAGAUCUGAAAACUCUUGGUAUCCAAUAUUGUACCCACCUCCUAGCUGCAGGCGUUCUAAGACAAAUAUCAGAUAAGGAUGCACCUACAGAGAACAUUUUUAAGCCUAACUUAAUGUAUUAUUGGUCACAUAUGGAGUUGCCAGUAUCGCAGCCAGUAACUCCAGGUAGACUGGAUAUGUCUUCCUGGCCUCCUGAAAAUUCACAAAGGAAACUAAACCAAUUCCCUAAUAUAUCUGUUUUGGAUAGUCAAUGCAAUAAACAAACCAAUGAAGAUAUUAAUGACAUAGUUGAAGCAAAACUUGUGAUUUCUGAACUCAAAAGAAAAUUACAAGAACUAGAGUACGAAUUAGAAAAUUAUAAGGUUAAUACUCAGCUACGAGACAGUAGUAAAAACAUACAAAAUUCUUCUAUGUCAAUACCUGAAAAUUUAUCAUGUAGAGACAGAAAACUUGUUAAUAAAGAGGUACAGACAAACACUGCAAGUGAAAAUAAUAGGCUGAAUACUAAACCUGUGAUAAAUACCUCUAAAGAUGAUAAUCUUUUAAGGGCAAACGUAAAUACGGACUCUAAUAUAGGUUUAAGUAGAAUAGGUUUCAAAAAUGAUUUAUUAAUUAAUGAAGAAGCAAAACAUGAUUUAAGAUCUGAAAAAGUAGAGAAUUUUUGUAAGUUAAAUAAGUCUAGGGAAUCAAAUGAGAAACACUGGAACGAUGAUGUUGGAUUAAUAACAACAGAAAAAGUUAACGGCGAAAGUGAAAAAGGUGAUGCAGAAAUUUUAAAUAAUCACAAGGAAUCCUCGGAUGAGUCUAAAAGUAAAGCUAGAAGCAAUAGUUUAGUUAUGGAAUAUCUUUGUAAUAAUAAAAAUAUGUCUUCCAAUUUAAUUGAAGACGACAAUCAAGUCAAUAAUUUACAUAAUUCUAAAGUUCCUUGGCCAUCAACUAAAACGUUGCCUGCAGAAGUUGAUAAUGUGUCUGCUGAUCAAACAUCGCGACAAAUGCCGAAGAAUACAUUGUUACCCGAAAAUGAAGUAAAGUCUACUUCAAAGAUAGGAAAUGAAGUAGAUGUGUGUUUAUCAAAUCAUUUAUUACAAUUAGAAAAUAAUUUGUGUCAACCUGUACCUCCCCCACCACCUCCUGAUCCUGGAAUGUCUCCUUCUCCACCCCCUAUGCCAGGCACAACUGAAGAAACGCUUUCGCAAAUUUUAGAUAAAAGCGACACUAAUGCGACGUCUUCGUCUCCGUUAGAUAAUGGCCCCCAACGUACGUCUCCUAAAGUCAGUCCUCAACUUUCCAAUCUUGACUCUGGCCCUCCACCUCCUCCUCUUCCUGACAACGAACAGUUGUCGACGUCAAAAAAUGAAACAUUUACGCCGUCACCACCGCCUCCACCUGGAAUAUGUCCACCGCCACCGCCCCCUCUACCGGGCAUGGGUCCACCGCCACCGCCUCUGCCUGGGAUGGGUCCACCACCGCCACCAUUGCUUGGUAUGGGUCCACCACCGCCACCAUUGCCUGGUAUGGGUCCGCCCCCUCCACCAUUGCCUGGUAUGGGUCCGCCCCCUCCACCAUUGCUCGGUUCGGGUCCGCCCCCUCCACCAUUGCCCGGUAUGGGUCCACCCCCUCCACCAUUGCCCGGUAUGGGUCCACCCCCUCCACCAUUGCCCGGUAUGGGUCCACCCCCUCCGCCAUUGCCUGGUAUGGGUCCACCACCUCCGCCAUUUCCUGGCGUGGGACCACCACCCCCUCCCUUGUCUGGUCUAGCGCCUACCGCGCCGCCCGCACCGGGCAUACCGCCGCCACCAUCAAAUACAGGACCUCUACCAUUUCCAACUCCUCCCGUCGGAGGAUGGAAUAUGCAAAGAGCGACUCUACGAAAAACACCGAUCAAGCCAGCGGCACCUAUGAAACCUUUAUAUUGGACGAGGAUCCUAGCAGCACCUUUACCACCGACCUGUCAAGGCGAGGCAGAAUCGUCAGGAUUUAAACCGUUGUGGCUCGAAAUCGAAGAAGCAAAAUUGGAUAACAUCGAUGAAUUCACAGACCUAUUCUCACGACAAGUAGUCAAGGUGCCCGUGAAGAAGAAAGUUGAAGUGAAAACGAAAAUACAACCGAUCAAAAUCUUAGAUAGCAAGAGGUCACAAAAUGUUGGUAUAUUAGCGCAAAGUUUACACGUUGAGUUUUCUGAAAUUGAAAACGCGAUAUACAACUUUGACACCUCGGUAGUCAGCUUAGAAGCUCUACAACAAAUUUAUGAAUUGAGAGCAUCUGAGGAGGAAUUGUUUCUAAUAAAAGAACAUAUAAAAAAUAAACCAGACAUACCAUUGGAUAAACCUGAAGCAUUUUUAUACGAAUUGUCCGGAAUACAGAAUUUUGCCGAAAGGAUCUCAUGUUUUACAUUCCAGGCGGAGUUUGACGAUGCUGUUAAUACGAUCAUGCACAAAUUAGAUAAUUUAAAACAUACAUGUGAGUUUCUCAUGACCAGCGAAUCUCUAAAGCAACUAUUUGCGAUAAUAUUGGCAGUCGGUAACUACAUGAACGGUGGAAAUGGUCAAAGAGGCCAAGCGGACGGCUUUGGUUUAGAAAUACUAUCGAAGUUAAAAGACGUGAAGUCGAAGCAGUGCCACGUGACGCUGCUGCACUUCAUCGUGCGCACGUACAUGCGCGCGCGCGGCGGCGCGCUGGCGCCCGCGUGCGCGCUGCCCGUGCCCGAGCCCGGCGACGUGGGCCGCGCCGCCGCGCUCGACUUCGGCGACGUUGCCGACAGCCUCGCCGCGCUCCGGAAGAAUCUCGAUGAAUGCAGAAAUAAAAUGGAAAAAGUUAUAGAAGCGUAUAAAUUUGAAAAAGAAGGUGACGAUAAUGGAUGUGCCGAAAAUAGAAAGCGACUUGAAGUUUUUAAAGAAAAAAUGACAACAUUCCUUAACGCAGCUGAAGAAAAGCUCAAGAGUGAAAAUGAAAAUAUGUGCGAAUGCCGAAAUAAAUUUAUAGCGACAGUCAAGUUUUAUCAAUAUUCUCCAAAAUGUGGCAAAGUGGACGACUGUGAACCGAAAGAGUUCUUUUCCCUGUGGACUGCAUUUUGUAGCGAUUUUAAAGAUAUCUUUAAAAAGGAGGAACAAUUAGCUAUUAAAGAAAAGCUAAAAGAAACUAAAAAGCUUCAAGGUGAAAGGCGCGCUAGCACGCAACCUAAAAAAGAAGGUGGUCUUAAGUCUCGUCUCCAGAAACUGACCAGUGCUCGAAAAUAAUAAAAUUAGUUGUUUAUAUAAAAAAAAAAAAUGUUUAGUAUAUUUUAAAAGUAAGCUUUAUAUAAAAGAGAAAAAUUUUAAUGCCACAUCAUUGCAUUUUCCAAUGUUACAAAAAUAUUGUAUGGCUUUACAAAAGCUAGCAGUAUGUUCUACUAACAAUAUUAUUUAUUUGGCUUAAUUUGAGUUGAGUACAUUGUUGUUUAAUUAUGGGAUUAUUUGUUUUUGUAAGAAAUGUUUGUUCAGACUACAAUGUAAUGAAUAAAUACUCAUUUAAGUAAUAACAUUGCUAGCCUAGACCUAAUAAUAUUAAUAGCUAUCAUAUUAAUAGCAAUUUUAUCAGUUUAAACUUAAUAAAUUCAGAAGCUUCUUGAGCAAGCCUUUUUAAGAAGUUGAUUAUUGAUGGUGUGAAUGUCUUGUUUCACAAAUUUUAUUCUAUAUACAAAAAAUAAAUGCCACAAAUAGAAUUAGUACUAUUCAAAAAAUAUGUUAAGGUAAAAAAUAAACAUGGAAAGUGAUAGAUGAUUUUCUAUUUAAAAUUGGCAAAUAAGGCAAUAAGAAUAUGGUAAUAUUUUACAGUUUUUCAAUAAUAAUGUUAUAAAUGUUUUAUAUAACUUUCUAAUGAAGUACCUGAUGUAUAAUUUAAAGUCAGCUAGGGAAAAUAUCAACUAUAUCUUGUUUAUAAAUAACCUACUUUAUGGUGCUUUUGUAUUAUUAAGUUUUGUAAUUAAUAAUAUAUAGUAAAAUAAAACUUUUUUUUUCAA